CCCUAUAUAUAUGGCCAAGUAUCGAUCGCUCUCGAUGCAUCCCAUCAAAAAAUGAAGAUUCAUACUUACUGGUACGCCUUGUUUGCGUGGUUUCUCUUCGUAUCCUCCGUUAAUAUCGUACUGGCUCAAGCCAAAGUUCCACCAUCGGAGCAGUUCCAAUACGUAAACGAAGGAGAAUUCGACACGGAAGACCCGGCCGAGUACGGAGCUGACACCCGGUGCUUACCGUUCGCAAGGCCUUUCGCGCUAUGCUUCUACAACGUUACUCCGAACGAGUUCACACUCGCUAUACGCAUGGGAACUCACGAUGUCGAUUUCAUACUCCGUCGUUGGGUCUGGGAAGCCAACGUGGGGAACCCCGUCAAGGACAAUGCCACGCUGACGUUCCGACAGGACGGUAACCUUGUCCUAGCCCACGUGGACGGUCGCGUCGCCUGGCAAACUGGUACGGCCAACAAGGGCGUUGUCGGGUUUAGAAUCCUCGACAACGGUAACAUGGUUUUGUACGACUCAAAGGGGAAAUACGUCUGGCAAAGUUUCGAUUCUCCUAGGAAUACUCUUUUGGUUGGUCAGUCUCUCAGGCCAAAGACCGGUCCUUACAAACUCGUCAGCCGGUCUCUCUCUUCGCCCGACGGUAAUGGACCUUACACCCUUAUUUUGGAGCCGAAACGGCUAGUCUUGCAAUACACGGCACCGAACCUGGAUAAGCCGGUCGUGUAUUACGUGAUAGAAAAUACGUUCGAGCCAUACGCGACGCUUUUCGCUAAACCGGCCGAGGGGACAUCGACACAGCUGGGACUGGUCACGCCCGGAACCAACCCGAUAGAGUACGAUUUCGACCGGCCGAAAUACAACGCAACGCUGAGCUUUCUGCGUCUCGAGUCGAAUGGAAACCUCGUGGUUUACACGUACUAUGAUCAGGUUACGUACGAAGCAGAGGACGUUACGUACGCUCUAUUCAACCGUGAGCUCAAUAACAACGAGUGCUUGCUACCCGAGAGGUGCGGAGAAUUCGGGCUCUGUCAGGACAGCCAGUGCGUGGCCUGCCCGUCGGACAAAGGGCUGUUGGGUUGGAGCUCGAAAUGUAAGUACGAGAAGCCGAAAAGCUGUGACCCGAAGACAUUCCAUUACUACAAGCUCGAAGGAGUUGACCACUUCAUGACCAAGUACACGAGCGGCAGUGUCGUGAAGGUGGAGGAAUGUGGGAGAAGGUGCACCAGAGACUGCAAGUGUUUGGGUUACUUUUACAACAAGGAAAGCUCCAAGUGUUGGAUCGCUUACGAUCUCAAAACCCUAGCCAGCGUGUUGGUCUACGACUCGGAAACCCCAGAGAGAGUCCCGGACUUGACCCGCGUGGCGUACAUCAAGACUCCUAACGUCUAAAAAAGUGUUAUAAGAUUUCGUUUUUAGUGUUUCACAUAAAUAUAUAUAUAUAUAAUGUUAUAAAAUGUUGUAUUAAUUAAUGCUAAGUGUA